AGGGUGAUGGAAAGAAAGGCUGGUCUUGUCAUAAAUGAUCAUCUCAGUAGAAUGGGUGUUUUCUCUAAGAUUCCUAAGCAAUUAUACCUAUCAGUCUGACUAGGGCUUUUUUUUUUUUUUUAAACACACGAGUUCUCUCAUUAUUUUUCACAUAUCAUGAAAUCUGUUCAUCACAGAAUAGAUCAUGCACACACAAAUAAUCAUAAUAAUGUAGAGAUGUGAUUAGUGACAGACUACUUUGGCCAGAAUCUUAUUUCUAACACCCAGUCUAAAUAACAGUUGAGUACUAGUGUGAGGAGGUGGCCACUUCACACAGGACUGGAAGGGGUUAAGAUGGCCAGGCAGGCCAAUUAACUCCACAGGCUGCACCUGGAGGAGGAGCCAGGGAGCAGGGAGCUACUUGAAAGCAGGCUCAGCUGUGCAGGAACAAGCAGGGCCUAUAUAAAAUGAGGUAGUAAGCAACAGACAGGGUCUGCUAGGAAAGGCUGCAGGAAGGCAGACAACAAUCACUAGCCUCUCCCUAGAAAGAGGGAGGAAGGUUUUAGAGCUGGUACACCCAGAGGGAGAAGGGGAACCAAAGUGUGGUAGGAAGCAGUCAAGGGACCAGUGGUGGCUGGGAGAGGAAAGCUCAGAACUGCUGAGCUGAGGGUCCCUGGAUUGGAAGCUGGAGCAGAGUGCCUGCCCAGGUUCCCCUACUAGACACUGAGGGAGUUGCACCUGAGGCAGUGAGAGGGAAGACUGCCUAGGACUGCAAGGGAAAAGGGGCUUUGAUACCCCGGAAGUGGGAGAAACACUGAGUGACCUGGCUGGAGGACUAAGUCACAAAAGAGGACACUGCGAUUCCUGGAGUGAGAGAGGGGCUGCAGACCAGAGAGAAAGACAGAGCGACAGCGUGCAAACCACAGGAGAGGGCGUUGAACUCGAGCUAAUCCCCAGAGUGACCAGAAGGAGGCGCCAGACCAGUGGCUCAGAAAUCAUGGAUAGAGAGAGCAUUUUACAAGAGAGAAUGUGUUCAUAUCAUACCCAGCACCAAAGACCCCCAUAGGUGUUGCUGUGGGCGUCUAAUAGGUCAACAUGUUGGACUGACUCCAAGUAUCUCCAUUAUUCAGAAUGAGAAAAAUGAAAGCAGACUUACUCGAAAUGACAACCAGUCCGAGAAGUGGUCCAUUAGCAAGCACACUCAGCUCAGCCCAACUGAUGCCUUUGGAACCAUUGAGUUUCAAGGAGGGGGUCACUCCAAUAAAGCCAUGUAUGUACGUGUGUCUUUUGACACAAAGCCUGAUCUUCUUCUACACCUGAUGACAAAAGAGUGGCAGCUUGAGCUCCCAAAGCUUCUCAUCUCUGUGCAUGGAGGCCUUCAGAAUUUUGAACUUCAGCCAAAACUCAAGCAAGUCUUUGGGAAAGGUCUGAUUAAAGCUGCCAUGACAACUGGAGCAUGGAUAUUUACUGGAGGAGUAAACACAGGAGUCAUUCGACAUGUUGGAGAUGCAUUAAAGGAUCAUGCCUCAAAAUCCCGAGGGAAGAUCUGUACCAUUGGUAUAGCCCCCUGGGGAAUUGUAGAGAACCAAGAGGACCUGAUUGGCAAAGAUGUGGUCCGACCAUACCAGACAAUGUCCAAUCCUAUGAGUAAACUGACAGUACUCAAUAGUAUGCACUCCCAUUUUAUUCUGGCUGACAAUGGGACUACCGGCAAAUAUGGGGCAGAAGUGAAACUUCGUAGACAGCUGGAAAAGCACAUCUCACUUCAGAAGAUAAACACAAGAAUUGGGCAAGGGGUUCCAGUGGUGGCACUUAUUGUGGAAGGAGGACCCAAUGUUAUCUCUAUUGUCUUGGAGUACCUACGAGACACUCCACCUGUUCCUGUUGUGGUAUGUGAUGGCAGCGGCCGGGCGUCUGACAUCCUUGCAUUUGGUCACAAAUAUUCAGAAGAAGGAGGACUUAUCAAUGAGUCUUUGAGGGACCAGUUACUAGUUACUAUCCAGAAGACUUUUACCUACACUCGAACCCAGGCACAGCACCUCUUCAUAAUCCUCAUGGAAUGCAUGAAGAAGAAGGAGCUGAUUACAGUAUUUCGCAUGGGAUCAGAAGGACACCAGGACAUUGAUUUAGCUAUCCUGACAGCAUUACUAAAAGGAGCUAAUGCGUCUGCUCCAGACCAACUGAGCCUAGCUUUGGCCUGGAACAGAGUAGACAUCGCUCGCAGUCAGAUCUUUAUUUAUGGGCAACAGUGGCCGGUGGGAUCCCUUGAGCAGGCAAUGCUGGAUGCCCUGGUGUUGGACAGAGUGGAUUUUGUGAAAUUGCUCAUUGAGAAUGGAGUAAGCAUGCAUCGGUUUCUCACCCUCUCCCGACUAGAGGAACUGUACAAUACGAGACAUGGACCAUCCAACACUUUGUAUCAUCUAGUGAGGGAUGUCAAAAAGGGUAACCUACCUCCGGAUUACAGGAUAAGUCUGAUUGAUAUUGGCCUGGUGAUUGAGUACUUGAUGGGAGGAGCUUAUCGCUGCAACUACACCCGAAAACGGUUCAGAACCCUCUACCACAACUUGUUUGGACCCAAGAGGCCAAAAGCCCUGAAACUUCUGGGAAUGGAGGAUGACGUCCCUUUGCGAAGAGGAAGGAAGACCACAAAGAAACGAGAAGAAGAAGUGGAUAUUGAUUUGGAUGAUCCUGAGAUUAACCAUUUCCCUUUCCCCUUCCAUGAGCUGAUGGUGUGGGCUGUGCUGAUGAAGCGUCAGAAGAUGGCCCUCUUCUUCUGGCAGCAUGGGGAGGAGGCUAUGGCUAAGGCUCUGGUGGCCUGUAAACUCUGCAAAGCCAUGGCCCACGAGGCAUCAGAAAAUGACAUGGUGGAUGACAUAUCCCAGGAGCUGAACCACAACUCCAGGGAUUUCGGUCAGCUAGCAGUGGAGCUGCUGGACCAAUCAUACAAGCAGGAUGAGCAGCUGGCAAUGAAACUGCUGACCUAUGAGCUGAAGAACUGGAGUAACGCCACAUGCCUGCAGCUUGCGGUGGCAGCCAAGCACCGAGAUUUCAUUGCUCACACUUGCAGCCAAAUGUUGCUCACAGACAUGUGGAUGGGCCGGCUCCGGAUGCGCAAAAAUUCAGGUCUAAAGGUAAUUCUAGGAAUUCUACUUCCUCCUUCAAUUCUCAGCUUGGAGUUCAAGAACAAAGACGACAUGCCUUACAUGUCUCAGGCCCAUGAGAUCCAUCUACAAGAGAAGGAGCCAGAGGAACCAGAAAAACCAGUAAAGGAAAAGGAAGAGGAGGACAUGGAACUCACAGCAAACAGCAGGCGCUGCCCCCAGGACCCCGUCUGCAGGCAGGCAGAAGGACCUGCCUACAGGACCCAAUAUGCAGGCAAGCGGAAGAACCGGUCCACAAGACCUGCCUACAGGACCUAUUUGCAGGCAAUGUUGGGCCGAGGGAAUGGAGAAUCAUCAAGAAAGAAGGAGGAGGAAGAAGUUCACAGCGGACACAGACUGAUCCCUCUUGGAAGAAAGAUAUACGAGUUCUACAAUGCACCCAUAGUUAAGUUUUGGUUCUACACGUUGGCAUACAUCGGGUACCUGAUGCUGUUCAACUACAUUGUGCUAGUGAAGAUGGAUCGUUGGCCUUCUACACAGGAAUGGAUAGUUAUCUCCUAUAUUUUCACAUUGGGAAUAGAGAAGAUGAGAGAGAUAUUGAUGUCAGAGCCUGGGAAGCUGUUACAGAAGGUAAAAGUGUGGCUCCAAGAGUACUGGAAUGUUACAGACCUCAUAGCCAUUCUCCUCUUCUCUGUCGGAAUGAUACUUCGUCUACAGGAUCAGCCAUUCAGGAGUGAUGGGCGAGUCAUAUACUGUGUUAACAUAAUUUACUGGUAUAUACGUUUGUUAGACAUCUUUGGCGUGAACAAGUAUUUGGGACCAUAUGUUAUGAUGAUUGGGAAAAUGAUGAUAGACAUGAUGUAUUUUGUCAUCAUUAUGUUGGUGGUUCUGAUGAGCUUUGGCGUUGCAAGGCAGGCAAUUCUUUUCCCCAAUGAAGAGCCUUCGUGGAAGCUGGCAAAGAACAUUUUUUACAUGCCCUAUUGGAUGAUCUAUGGGGAAGUGUUUGCAGACCAGAUAGACCCUCCCUGCGGCCAAAAUGAAACCAGAGAGGAUGGCAAAAUAAUCCAGCUGCCCCCCUGCAAGACAGGAGCAUGGAUCGUUCCUGCCAUCAUGGCAUGCUACCUCUUGGUUGCAAAUAUUCUUCUGGUGAACCUCCUCAUUGCUGUUUUUAACAACACAUUUUUUGAAGUCAAAUCUAUAUCCAACCAAGUGUGGAAAUUUCAGAGGUAUCAAUUAAUCAUGACAUUUCAUGAAAGGCCAGUCCUACCACCACCUCUGAUUGUUUUCAGCCACAUGACUAUGAUUUUCCAACACCUCUGCUGCAGAUGGCGGAAACAUGAAAGUGACCAAGAUGAGAGAGACUAUGGACUAAAACUGUUCAUAACUGAAGACGAACUAAAAAAAGUGCAUGACUUUGAGGAGCAGUGCAUAGAAGAAUAUUUUAGAGAAAAGGAUGAUAGAUUUAAUUCUUCCAAUGAUGAAAGAAUCCGCGUCACUUCUGAAAGGGUAGAGAACAUGGCCAUGCGCCUAGAGGAAGUGAAUGAACGAGAACAUUGUAUGAAGGCUUCACUUCAGACUGUAGACGUCAGGCUUGCUCAGCUGGAGGACUUGACAGGACGAAUGGCUGCAGCCUUAGACAAGCUGACUGGUAUAGAGAGAGGGGAAACUACUAAGAUACGAUCUAGAACCUCCUCAGACUGCACAGAUGCAGCCUACAUUGUGAGACAGAGCAGCUUCAAUAGCCAGGAAGGAAACACUUACAAGCUUCAAGAGAGUAUAGAUCCUGCAGGAGAGGAGUCAAUGUCCCCAACCUCUCCUACAAUCACGCCCCGCCUGCGAAGCCACUCUUUCUAUGCAGUGAAUAUGAAAGACAAAUGUGGGUUAGAAAGGUUGGAAAAUAUUUUUAAAGAAAAGUCUGUGAGCCUGCAUCGAGCGAGUAGCUCACACUCUGUAUCAAAAGAAGCAAAAGUACCAUUAGCCCCCACAAGCACUUUGUCAAUUGCCCCAGACUCCAGAAGGCCUUCGUCUUGCAUAGAUAUUUAUGUUUCUGCCAUGGAUGAGUUGCAUUCUGGUAUAGAACCUCUCGACGGUUCUAUUAAUAUACUUGGUACCGGAGACCCAUCUGUGCAGGCUCAAAUAGUCUCUUCUGUUCUAGCUAACAGUGCGUAUAUUAGCAGUACUCCCAGUGACAGAAUUUCCGGCAGGAGUAUUGAUUGUGAGGAAACCUCUACAAUGGAAGCAAGAGUGUUUUCUUCAGACUAUUCACAUAUCAUAGAUAGCCAAAACCUCUGGGAGUCAGACACUCCUUUGUAUCAGACUUUAGAGCGAUCUAAAAGCACUCGCUAUCUGGCUACUACCCCAUUUAUUCUGGAGGAAACCCCAAUUGUGAAGUCUCAUAGUUUUAUGUUCUCUCCUUCUCGGAGCUAUUUCAGCAGCCUUGGGGUGCCAGUCAAAACAGCGGAGUACACAAGUAUUACAGACUGCAUAGACACCAGGUGUGUCAGCGCUCCCCAGAAUAUUGCAGAAAGAUCCAGUUUUCCAGGAAAUCAUGGAGACAAAGUGGAGGACUUGGGAUGCUGCCACCCAGAGAGAGAAGCAGAGCUAAGUCACCCAAGCUCUGAUAAUGAGGAUAUUGAGGUCAAAGACAAAAAGGGGGCUUCCUUGUCUCCUCAAGAGAGCAGCACAGCAAGAACACUGUCCAACAACAUACCACUUCCAAAAAUAGAGAGGGCCAACAGUUACUCAGCAGAUGAGUCCAGCAUGUUGUAUGCACACACAAGGAAAAGCUAUUCUAUCAGUGAUAAACUUGAUAGACAGCGUAACACAACGGGCCCACGAAAUCCAUUCCAGAGGAGUAAGUCAUCCAGGCCGGAAAGUAGAGGAGACAACUUGUCUAUGAGAAGACUGUCUAGAACAGGUGCCUUCCCUAGCUUUGAAAGCAAGCACAGCUAGACAUGCAUAACAGGAGGUCUAAGAGUCUUCUGCUCUCCAGUCCAUUUUCCUUAGCAGAAUAAAAUAUAUGUCAACUAAAGUCAGAGUCUGUCACUGGUCAGGUUAGUACUUUGUUAAUCUCAUUUUCGCACACUGAGUUACUGGAUCCUGACCGAGUUGACAUUUGCACUUAAGGAAAGAGGGAGGGAGGAAAGCUUUAUAAAGGCUUUAAUUUAAAAAAAAAAGAAAAGAAAAGAAAAAAACACCCUCAUGAAGCCUUGAGUAGGUUCAGAAAUCUGCCUUUUACUAGAUUACAUCCUAGGAUUUCUCAUAAUUAUUCAUGAGUUUCUAAGACACAGGGCUAAAUUGGCAAAAAGAAAAGCAUACAAAUGAGACACUCUAAACUGAUUUCUUUUUACAUCAGUUCUAUCAUUACAAUGACUGAGGAAGAGCAUCAUUGUAGUCUAUAGAAACGAGCUGUAAGCAAAUCCUAAAGCUUCCCCACUUCUGCAACUGAUCAUUGUAAAGAUAAACAAGGCAACAAUCAUAUAGUUCACCUGUCUCUCUUUGUAUUGAAUUAUAGUGCCAUAAAAAGUUUAUAUUUUCAAGAUGGGAAAGGAAAAAGAACUGCUUUUUGUAUUGCAAUGUAAAUGAAGGAAGAAUUUAUGUAAAAAAAAUAAAAUUGUCAGGUGAUUUCCUGUACUAAAGAGGCAUUGUGGUACAGUUGAGCCAAGCUCAGGAUGAAUGUAAUCAAGUGGAAUAGUAUAUAUUUAUUUUUUUACCACAUUUGUCAUUAAUAUAUUGUCUCACUAAAUUAAAUGAUGUCAUGGAACAGUAAGGAUAAUGGGCUGAGAUGCUCAAAGCAGAGCAGGAGUGAUAUUAUAUUUUCACCGUUCUCUGCAAGAUUUCCAUUACUUCCAUUAAUUGUUAUCCCCCUGCCCAAAUUGCUACCAUGCUCUUCUUACUGUUCUAUCAUCAAGUUGCUGAUUUUUCAUAUCAUUCACCCAAACAAGCAUUAACAUUUUACUUAUUGAGGCAGUUGUAUCUGAACACUCAAACAUACAAAGUUUAUCAAGCAAUCUGAUUUCAGAUUACUGUUGUUUAAUGGAAAAUGCUCUUGGCAGAGUAUCUCAAAACAAUAAAAAAAAGAUUUUAGAGGUAAGCUAAAGCACCAAAGUGAAAACUGAUAUGUGUUAACAGCAAAAGUCGUCAGUUGCAAGUAUGCUUCCAUUUAACAGCAAGAUAGAACAAACCACAACAUGCAUUUUAAUACAACUUCUGCCCUCAAUUGUGUGUAUGGGACCCCAAAUGAAGUCAGCAGUAAUACGUCCUAUGCAUCUGAGUGCAAAACCUUGUUCAUGAUGUUAAUAAGGUGUUUCCUGCCCUUAUGAUAGCAUCUCUUGGUCAUAUAAUAGAGCCUUAAAAGUAGUAAUUUGAUCACAAUUUCACACCAUUUUAGAGGGGGAAAGCUUAAUCUUGAGAAGUUUGGAAGCGAAUGCUGUGACCAUUAGUUUAAAAAUAAAACAGCCUCUAAAAAAGCUACCAUGCAUGUGGAUCCAGGGCCUUUAUUAUUAAUGUUAACGUGGGUGGGAUUUUCAAAGUUACCUAUGGGGUUUUGAGGCAUCCCAUACCCAUUAAUUUUAGUGGGAGUUGGCCACGCAAAUCUAAGAGACAUCUUUGAAAGUCUCAACCUAAUUUAUCUCUAGGAAUUCAUCCCAGGGGCAUCUGAGUGAUAGGAAACAAAGCCCUCUCUCAAAAUUAAAUAUCUGACCCGCGAGAAGAGGCAAAGAGAGUGGAAAAAAUUGUGAGCAGUGACUCACUUUGUGGAAAGUGGUGAAAUAAACAAAUGCAACAUGUUGACUUUUAAACACAAAAUGCAUUAUUUGUUAGUGCACCAAUUAUUUCCUUUUCGUACUUUGUUAAAUCAGUCCUUCUGUGAUCUAGGCUCAGCUUGAUCCACAUACUGUGUUUACUUGAUUGCCUUGAGGUCCAUGUACUGCUUUUCUGUCGUGUCACUGAUCAAGGGUACAAUUUCUGACCUGUCACUCAGUGAAUUACAAAGUGUGCUUGUGAUGGGCUGAUUGUUAAACAAUAGCUUUCCCAGGGACAAUGCCGUUUUUGUGUAAUAGUCUGUUUCAAAUGUGCCAACUUUUGUAUCAGUCUGUUCCUAAGGUUUCUCUAAAUCAGCCUUUUUCUUUAUUGCUUUUUUAAUUUAAGGAUGUUUUCUGAAACUAUUUAUAGACUUUUCCACCUUCAUCAAUAAGAUUAGCAUGGAUAAGAAGAAUUAAUUUGAGACAUCCCCAUCACUUUAUUAGUUCAAGGUGCAGAGAUCCUCUCUGGGUGAUUCAUUGUUAGUUUGUUGGGGUAAAAGGGUUUCCCAAUCCAGGAGCUGUAAAAUAAUUAGAAUACAGCACUUUAUUGACCUGGAGCAUAAAGUCCAAGCAUGAUGAACCAGGACACUUUAGUUACCUCUUUUAACUGCCAUUAUAUAUAAAUUCCACUAUAAAAAAGUAUAAUUCCAAAAUGUCAAAACUUUUCCUGAAUGUUUCCCAUUUACCUAAAAUAAGGUUUCUAUAGCAUGUAUUAUGAUGGAUGGUAGAGUAUUUUGUUUAUCUUCACUUGUUAACGUCAGCGGGAUGAGGAUUUUGCCCUCCUCUCAACACUGAAUGGUACAGGUUGUUAUAACUUCUUUAGUGGAGAUAAAAAAUAACUCAACCUUCAUCAUCUUAUAACUAUAGCUUGUGCCAUAUGAUAUAUUAUGUAUUGAAUGAUAUCUUAUGAAAUAUAUAUAUAUAUAGCCCAUGUAUAAUCCAGUAUGGUUUUGACAUGUGAUCAUAUAGUGAAUGUUACAGGGCAGCUUUAACAUUACAUUAUAAAGUCAUACUUUUAAAUCUGUAACAUUCAAUAAAAUAGCACAUGUUGCAUUGAACAUUAAAUUCCACUAUCCAAGUUAGCAUAUAUAUGGAUUAUGCAUUUUUGGUCACAAUCUAUAACUGCUGUAUGUUUCAUACGUCCUCCUGUACAGCACCACUGUAAAUGUUUGUAUGAGCUGAUGUAUAAGUCUCUAAUGAGCCACUGUGAGCUGUGAUUGGUGAGUUGUGAUAGUGUGAACGAUGAACUGGCAUGUUAUGCAAAAGAUAAGAUAAAUGAACUUUAAAUAAUAUUUUGAAACUCAGUUGACUUAGCUGUUUGUUUACAUAUGCUGGCCAAUUAAGGAAGCAGUGUACAGUAUUUUAUAAAUAUUUUCAUAUAGUAAUCUGUUCUGUUGUUUCCAGUUUAAGUGAUGCUAUUCUAUAGUUGGGUGUACACUUGUCCUAGAUAUUGGAUUAUAGCAUAUUAUUCUUUCACAACAACGUGAUAUGACUGAACUAGUUUCUCUUCCUUAAAGUCCAGUCUUUUUUUGUGUCAAUGAAAAUGCAUGCAUUGUUCCAUGAAUUUCUUUGGACUACUAUGAGGAUUAACAUUUUAUUAUUGCCUGCCUGUAAUGAUGAAUCCAGUUAGGAAUUUAAAAAAUCAAAUUUUUGGACUUUUACAUUAUGUUCAAUCUUUAAGCAAACUAAAUUGAUUUUUAUUUUUUUGUAAGCUACACUUCAAGAUGUCAUGAAAUUGAAGUACUAAACACAAAGGUGUGAACCUACAGCAGUGCUGAGACAUUUAGCUCUCUACUUUGGAAAAGAUAAGGUGUUUCAUUACUGUUCUUGGCACAGAACAGUCUGGUAACUAAUGGCCAUGAGGUACGAAUUGCUAAAACAUAACAAACAGUGAGAAAAGGCUCAUUAGUCCACAUAGCAAAAAUCGCUCUAGACUCCAGAUAAUUAAUGUUGAUUUAAAGACUUCUAGUGAAAAUGAAUCCGUGUAUAUGGAUGGGAUGGAUGAUUUUGUUAGGGUGGGGGUGACUUGAGAUGUAAUAUUUGUAAGAGAAGUAGAAUAUUUGUUUCUUAGAAACUAUCUGGCCCCUGGGAAAUGCAAAAAUAAAGCAUGUCUACCAAGUUUGAACAACGGCUUAUAUAGUAAAAGUAAGUGCCAUUCACAGGACAGGACCUCAGUCCAAUUCAGCGGUUCUCAACUGGCAGCCUGUGGGCCGUAUGCAGCCCAAGUAGCACACAGCUGUGGCCCGGCCCAGCUCAGCGCAAAAGAGCAUGUGCUAAAGGGUCUGGGCUGCCCUGCUGCCUAGCGCAGCGAGGACGGGAGCCCUGGCCAACCCCACAAGCUCUGGGGCCCUGGGCAGCUGGCCCAUCCCACAUGGCAGGGCUCUGGGGUGGGGGCAGCUGCCUUGCCAAGACAGCAAGGGUCCAGGUGCUGCUGCCCUGCCACCUGGCCCCUGUGGCCCAGGUAACACAUUGUGGGCCACACAUACAGCCUACAAUGUGUAAUAAGUUGAGAACCACUGGUCUAAUUCCUGCAGUUGGAGAGACCAGGCCUGUUCUCUUGAAAUCAAAAGUUAUCAAUUUACAAAUGUGGACUGAGCUCACUGAAAUGAUCAAAAAUCUCUCUCUAAACUGUUUGUUUAAAACAAGAAAAAAAGUCUUCUUGUAUUUGCUCAGGUUAUCACUUUAAGGGGAUUCAACAACCGAGACUAAGGAAAAUAUGAGGUGGUCAUUCUUGGAUUUCCAAAGUGGUAGUUGUGAUUUAGGUGGUUGUGAGGAUUAUGAAUUUCUCUCCUCACCCACCACCACCUAACAAAGAGAAAAAGGAAAACAAAAUUUGCAUUUUUGCACAAAUCAGCCCAUUUGAGACAGCAAAACCAGAUUAAUGUAAAUUUAUUAUGACAGCUAAGUUAAUACUAAGAAAGGAGCCUAAGGGUAUUGUAGCAUGAGUUCUCCCUCACCAAUCUCACAUAACGAAGAACACAUUCCAAAUAAGGAAGUAGGGCAAAAGUAAAGGACUUUGGGGGGGUUGCAUUUAGCUGAUGAAUUCCUUCAUUACUGUACAAUAGAAUUUACCCUCCUGUCUUCUCUGGCAUAAACGAAUACAUCACAGCACUACCCCUGCACAUGAAAGGAGUGAUUGUCUCCACUCCCAUGACUGUUAUAGCCAACUGUAGUGGCAUUUUGGAGAGCAAUAUAGCAUGUUCCAUUCUUCCCCUUUCCAAGGUAGAUUGUUGGCUAGAUUAUGAUCUUUGUUACACUGGUGUAAAUCUGCAGGAAGUCUACACAAGUGGAGUUACUGUGUAUUCACUGCAGAAUAACGAGCAGAAUUGGACCCUGAAUUUCCAACUUUACAUCACUUCUAGCCAUUAUACACAUUGUCCUUAACCAGGUUUCCAGCAGACUGUCUACUGAAUGAGCCACUGGGCCUGCCUAACUUCAGUUCAGAUAGGCUGUGAAACCUAGUUAUCUGCUGCACUUUCAUUCUGAACAAGGUUCCACAAAGUUCUUAUUUCAAAAGGCUCUUGAGGAAAAUGGUUGGUUAUGAUAUUGCUGCUGCUGGAAAAUGGUAACUUUGUUUAUAUGACAGUAGGGGGGAAAUGGCUCUGAAAUAUAACAAUAUGCGUGCACAACAGUAACCUGUAUUAAAGGUAUGUCCUCCUUUCACCCCUGAAGCUGUCUUAUGUGAGGAGAGCCUAUAUGCUGCUACUGCUGUCUGGAACAGUGUUUGCAAUAUUACUGUACUAAUAGCUAUGUAAUGAUGUAGUAUAUGGGUUAUCGUUUGUAACUGUUAUACCAAACAUUUAUAAAAGGAGGGGGAAACAAUUAAAAUGUCAUUUUUAAAUAAAUUCCUAUAAAUAUGAAGGUUUUGAAUUUUGAUUUAUUCAAAUAUAUAUAUUACUAGGGAAAACAGUCCUUUUUAAAAGGUCUACUGGAUUCACAAUGCACUUUUAGACAGUGUGGUUAGAUAUAUAAUGAAAAAGCGGAAGUUGGCAGUUACUGCAGUAGAACUUUCUGAAAUUUCUGUAACAAAUGUUUUGCAAUAAAAAAGGAUGUAGUUCAAAACAUUUCUA